CGUUGAAUUGUUUAUCGUCCUUAGCCCUGGUUUGAUUUGCAUUUAAUUUAAAUAAAAUAACUUACUGCUGAACUUAACUUGAUUAAAUAAGGAACGUGAAGUAUAAAAAUCAUGGAAGAAAAAUUGAAAACUCCUUCAAACGUCAGUCCUUUGAAGAAUGGGGUGUCUAAAGAAGGUUUAGCGCCUGGAAUGAGUUGGAAGGAAUGGAAACAAAAGAGAAAGGAGAAUAAAUUAUGGAAAGAAUCUAAAGCCUUAAAAAAGCAAAAGAAGUCUGAAGAAAGUGUAAAACGCCUACAGGAUAAGUCUUUAGGUGAUCAUAAAUUGGUAAAAGAUUGGACUGUCAGCAUAGCCGUUCCUGGAUCUAUUCUUGACAAUGCCCAAUCUCCUGAAUUAAAGACCUAUUUAGCGGGGCAGAUUGCUCGAGCUGCUGCUGUAUUCAAUAUCGGUGAAAUAAUAGUUUUUAAUGAUACGCCUGUGGCAAGCAUGGUUGAAGAGGAUGACCAAUCAUUAAAGUUACACAGAAAGAAUCAUGGAUCUGUACAGAUGAUAAGAAUAUUGCAAUUUCUUGAAUGCCCUCAAUAUUUACGGAAGUAUUACUUCCCCCUUCAUAAAGAUUUGGAAUAUGCUGGUCUUUUGAAUCCACUUGAUAUUCCUCAUCAUCUAAGAGUAGAUGAAGAUUCUGAAUAUCGGGAAGGAAUCGUUUUAAAUAAACCUGUGAAGGAAGGUAGAGGAUCGUUUGUCUAUAUAGGCUUAAAAAAAACUGCAAUAAUUGACAAGAUUCUUGAAUCAAACGUAAGAGUAACAGUCAAACUGGAUCAAGAACAUUGUUCUAAAAAACAUUAUAAAGGAAUUGCUGUGGCUCCAUCUAUGCCUUACAAAGAAAGUGGAAUUUAUUGGGGAUACAGUGUCAGGCAUGCCAAAAGCAUAAAAAAUGUUUUUGACGAAUCGCCAUUCAAAGGAGGGUAUGAUCUUACAAUUGGGACUUCAGAUAAAGGCCAUAAUGUUGAUGAAUUUCAGAUGCCACCUUUUAAACAUCUCUUGAUAGUAUUUGGGGGACUUAAAGGCUUGGAAGCUUGUAUUGAAAGUGAUGAAACACUGGAUGUUGAUGAACCUAAGAAUUUAUUCAAUUUUUAUUUAAAUACCUGUCCACUUCAAGGUUCAAGAACCAUAAGAACAGAGGAAGCUGUAUUAAUUACUCUGUCAGCUUUAAGGCCAGCAAUGAAUAAACUUGAAAAUUUAAAGAAAUGAAGAUUUCUCAUAUUUGUAACUAUUAUUUAAGAAAUGUAAAUAAAAAUUUUUUGCUUUUA